AGCCAUGCUGGGCCAUGGCCCUCGCACUCAUGCACCAGCCCUAAUCCGAUGAUAUUUUCUUGCGAUUUUGUCACGCUACGAUUCCGUGAUUCCGUCCAGCUCCAGCACGUUAGGAGCACCUAGCUUUCUGUAAAGUUUCUUGGGAUCACUCCACCCAGAGGAACGCCGCGCCUGUCGGCGGCGGCACAUGAGCGGCUCGAAGGCGGCGGCGGCCGGCGCCGCCGUGGGCGGCAAGGCCGCGCGCGCCUGCGACAGCUGCCUGCGGCGGCGCGCGCGGUGGUACUGCGCGGCCGACGACGCCUUCCUGUGCCAGGGCUGCGAUGCGUCGGUGCACUCGGCCAACCCGCUCGCCAGGCGGCACGAGCGCCUCCGCCUGCGCCCGACGUCGCCGAUGCACCCACUCUCGGCGUUCGAGGGCGGCGCGCCGUCGACGUCGACGCUGAUGUCGAAGAAGCGCCAGCAGGUCGCGCCGGCGGCGUGGUCCAGGCGCAAGGCGCGCACCAGGAGGCCGCAGGUCAAGAGCGUCGGGCAGCUGCUGUCGAGGAAGCUCAUCGUCGUGCCGGAGGUGACCGUCGAGUCGUCGGAGGAGCGGAAGGCCGAGGACGAGGAGUCGGAGGAGGCGGCGGAGGAGCAGUUGCUGUACUGCGUGCCGACGUUCGACCGCGCCCUCGCCGAGCUCUGCUCGCCGCCGCCGAUCGAUGACGACUCGCCGGCUGCUGCCCCAUGCUGCAGGGAGGACGCCGACGACAGCAACGUGGAGCAUGCAAAGGCGGCGCCGGUGGCUGCAGAAUCGCCCGUGCAGCAGCUCCCGGACAGCUUUGCCGGCUUCGGCCCGACGGACGCCGAACUCAGGGAGUUCGCCGCGGACAUGGAAGCGCUCCUUGGCCAAGGGCUCGACGACGGCAACCAGCUUGACGAAUCGUUCUACAUGGAGAGCCUAGGACUAAUGACGACGCCGACGGAAGACGGCGGGCGGGUACUAAAGAUGGAGCCCGACAGCAUCGUGGUCUCCCACGGCGACAUGGGUGCUCUCGGUCGUAGCCCUGCGGAGGUGAAGCCGGAGGAAUCGGCCGAGGUACUGGACAUAGACUUCAACUGCAGCUCGCCCACGGUGAUCGAUAAUGACGAGGACUACUGUUUCGAACAGAAGGCGUCGGCGGCAAGCAACGGCGUCGCCGCGGACGCGCAGUUCUUGAAGAGGAGCCUGGAUCUCAGACUCAACUACGAGGCCGUCAUCGAGAGCUGGGGGAGCUCGCCGUGGACCGACGGCCAGCGGCCGGACGUCCAGCUCGACGACUUCUGGCCCCAUCACGCCCACCACUCGGGCGUGUGGAUGGCCGGAGGAGGACGGCUAGGUGGGGAGGCGUUGACGCCGCGGCUGGGGAUGGGCGGCGGCGGGCGGGAGGCGCGGGUUUCGCGGUACCGGGAGAAGCGGCGGACGAGGCUGUUCGCCAAGAAGAUACGGUACGAGGUGCGGAAGCUGAACGCGGAGAAGCGGCCGCGGAUGAAGGGCCGGUUCGUCAAGCGGCCGGCUGCCGGAGGAGCCGGACCUGCCGCCGCCGCCGCGCCGUGCGCCGUCACCUAGCUGACGAUGAGCCGGUCAGGCCGCGCCCGUGUUGCCGUGCGCGUCGAGGUCGUUGCACUUGCAGACUGCAGUGCGCAGGUCCUGCGAGGCAUCAGUGGCUCGGCAUGAAAUUACGGGCUCAUCAGAAUUUGUCGAAGCUCCUUUAGUUAGUUGGUUCUUCACAAGUUGCGUUCCUCUCCUCAAUCAUUCCGGCAUCCGUGAUCGAGGAUCGGGACAAAAUACUGCUGUACAUGUGUACAUUGGUCGGGGAAAGUGCGUUCAGUACCGGUUCCUAACCCCACUUUAGUACCGAUUGUACAAUCGGUAUUGCUACUUCAGUAUUAAAGGUGGGCCUUACUUUAGUACCGGGUCAAAUAACCGGUACUAAAGGGAUAUUAAAAAAUAAAAAAAGAAAUUCCGCUGAA